AUGGAGAGACUGAACGUCUUAUAUGAAAGGAACUGGACAAGACUAGUCCACGAACAGCUGCGUAAGUUCGAGUCUUCAAUAGUCGCGGCUGCCAGGAAGACUGACGCUCAUGUCUCGGAGUUGGCGCUGGAGUCCAAGUGGACCUUCUCUGGCGCGCUCAUAUACUGCAUAACGCUUAUUACUACUAUAGGUUAUGGCAACGUUUCACCAAAAACGGCGGCUGGUCGAGCUGCCACGGUAGCUUAUGCAGCUGCGGGAGUGCCUCUGGCAUUGGCCUGUCUAGCUGGUUUAGGCGCAUCACUGGCAAGGCUAGCGCGGUUGGCCUGGCUGAGGGCUACUAACAACAAAGUGCCCAAUAACUGGAGGAAAGAUGAGAUGGAAAAUCAUUUUCAACUUCAUGAACAACAGCGGCUUCUACCUCAGCCAAUAGAAAGCAAUCAGUAUACAUCGUUUCCACCCCGAAGCCACCGGUCUCCUGGUACUGUGAAAGCAAGAGCUGGAGACAAGGGCCAGUACUCGCAGGUCUUCGAGAAAGCUCCAGCAAGCCCGCGGUCUGCUACACUAGGACGAGUCAAGCGUAGUGCCUAUAUUGAGGAACCAAACACAUCGUCAUCGCAAACACAAACACUGGACAGAAAGAAAACCAUGGGCAGUACGAAGUGUAUGGCAACCGUGCAUGGGCCAGGGAGGGGGAAAGGCAGAAUAAUACAAAGACCACGUGGUGCAGUAAUUGAACAGCUAAUAGCCGAGGAGUGUGGAGAAGUUAUACACAAUAGAAGUCACGAGGAUCUUGAUGAUUCUGAAGAUGCUGACGAAUCGAUCUGUCCUCACGACACACCAUCACGAGUGCCUUUGAUCUGGAACGAAGAGAAUCAUAAACAGAAAAGUUGCGCUGUUCCUAGCAGUAGUACAGCAGUCAGUAUUCAAAACCAUAGUCACAGCAUCGAGCACUGCCAUAUACCAGUCGGUAUUGUCCUAUGCCUGUUAUUAGGAUACAUCUUUAUCGGCGCCGCCAUUUUCUCCGCUUGGGAAAACUGGAGCUUCCUCGACGCUGCCUACUUUUGCUUCAUCGCCUUAGCAACAAUAGGCUUCGGUGACUUUGUUCCUACAAGUUUUCUAACUUCCAAACCCAACGUAGAAUACUCCAAAAGUGAAUACAUUCAAAUGAUCGCGUGUUGUGCAUAUCUUGUUUUUGGACUUAUAUUAAUAGCAAUGUCGUUUAGUCUCCUACAAGAUGAGGUUGUGGCUCGGUGUUCGCAAUUAGCCAGUAGCUUAGGACUGUCACGCCAAUGACAUUACGAGAAGAGCGAAUGUAGCUCUACCGACAAUCACUUGAGAAUGUUAUGAUUAUUGUUGUGAAUGCAUUUUAUUGUUCAGUAUAUGAAUAUCAAACGACCGUGUAUAUUUUCUUGUUAACAUUCUAUCGUAAAAUAGAAUUAUUUUCUCGUAUAUCUGCAUUUAUCAACUGAUUAUAAUUUGAAUAAUAUUUGAAACU